CACUCAAUAUCGCACAAGACAGCGCACGUUUGACGAGACGACUACUUGCGGGUGGGAGAAGAAAAAACUAUCAGCUGCUUCGUCCGACCCAUAUAUAGACAUCUCCACUCCCGAGCCAUGAAUUACCGGUCGUGGUGCAUACUGGUUGCCGCUGUCUUGGGCACCCUGGCCACUGCCAAGUGUGCCAGACUGGAAGACGCCGCGCUGCGACUGAAGGAUUUAACUUCGAGCGGAGGACUCACCGGCUCGGACUCCAGCAAUGGCAUUGCAGGCAAAAAAGAGUUCCGCAACUACACGUCGGAACACCGCGAAGUGAUCUGCAGGCCACUGGAAGGCGGCGGCAUUGAGUGCAAAAGCACUGAAAUCACCUCUAAUUUUUCCUUGUCCUGGACUCCGGGAAUCAUCGCCGGCCUUGCGGUGGGACUGGUCGUGCUUCUCGUCUGCGUGACCGUCUGCUGCGUCUUUUGCUGCCGGGGAGUGUGCGCAAGGAGAAACACGUAGCAGAACACGGUGGUCUACCAGGUACCGCACCAGGUGACCACGGGACCAGGGACCCACUCCUUUCCGCCAGGUGCUUACCCUUAACAGCAGCGCUGAUCGUCGUCUUCGCUUCGAGAACAACACCAAAGCAACCAAGCCGGCGAAUGGGUCGAGCCUGUAAAUGCUCAACUGUGCCACGACAGACAAAUCGUAAAAAUCUGAAAAAAAAAAAGAACUUCUGUGUGCAUUUCCGAGAAACCUCUGUGCUAUUCGCAAUUUGAAUGUAUACGAAAUGCACAACACAGCGUUUUCUAUAUCCACCGCUCGACAUGUGCAAGUUGGUCCCUUUGGAUAGAGAGCACCUCUUGUCUUCAACAUUUUUCUCACACAAAUUCAUUUAAUAAAAAAUCACUAAUGACCACUUAAGUGAUCUUUCGUUAUAAAAUUGCCCGAUUAUUCAAUAACAAAACAGCAACAAAAAGUGCAACGCAUUUAAAUGCCGUAAUAGACCAUCUUCGAAACUCCAUCGAGCAACAUUGGUGAUCUCCUUUUCUGGGGCACGAAGAGUGUGUUUGAGUCUGAGUCUCCACCGAAGGCUGACGCCGCACUCGUUGUCGAUACGAGCUGAGACGACUUCACGCCGUACGCUGACGCAACCUUUAAGUUUCAAUACAUGCUCAGAUUGCGUGCCCAAACAAUGACAGAUUCAUGUAAUUGCCGCUGUAGCUACGAGAUGGCGUGCACUUUUGAAAAGGGUUUAUUGGAGGGCAUUGGCGGCGAGUAUCAAGAGCUUUAUCGCAACCUUGCCAGGAAAAAAAAGAGUGAUUUGGGUACGGCAGCAUAUAUAUAUAUAUAUAUAUAUAUAUAUAUAUAUAUAUAAAUUAUUAUUAUGUUUCAUAGGGGUCAUCAAGGGAAGUUGUUCGGACGUCGAGGAAUUUAAUUAUCCAAAGUACUGCCUUUCACCAAACUAAACCCUGUAACCCGCGCUGUCCAAUCCCUUUAGAUAAAACAAAUGUUUCAAAUGCAGACAGCGGAAGAGCUCAUGUAAGAUUGUUUCUACGGCAACAAAAUGGAAGUCAUUAAUAAGUGUGCCGAGCAAAGAAACGUUUUACUGAGGUUCUAUACGGGGUGUCAAUUUUUCACUUCUGUUUUCAGUAAUCUGUCAGAGUCCAGUCGUCUCCAUAUAGUGCGUCACCUCUAUGUCGUUUCAUCCACUCGCCCGGUAUUUAUAGUCAUCAUUGCUUACCAUACACACACUGUAUGUUUUAGAUGUUAUAACUUGUUCUCUGGUAUUGUUAUUUAAAUAAAUCUACCAAUAAUGUGAUACAUUUGCUAUAGAAUCUACCAAUAAAACCACAUUCGUCACGGACUUCGUGUUACCGACAUCAAUUUCCACUCUUACAACGCAGAAGUCCCCGUACCAAUGUUAUGAGAGUACGCUCACACUUGCGUAUGCUUACG